AUGGCGGCGCAGCAGACUGAUGUCGACGAGUUAUUCGAUGUGAAAAAUGCCUUUUACAUCGGCAGUUAUCAACAAUGUAUCAACGAAGCCCAAAAGGUGAAGACCUCAACACCGGAAAAGGAGAUUGAAAGAGACACGUUCUUGUACAGAGCAUACGUUGCCCAGAGGAAGUAUGCAGUCGUGAUGGAUGACAUUAAGGCCAACUCUGCACCUGAGCUCCAAGCCGUCCGGAUGUUUGCAGAGUACCUGUCAAGUGAAAUCAAAAGGGAUGCAAUUGUGGAUGAUCUCGACAAGAAAAUGGCAAAGAGCGUAGAUGCUGCCAACACCACAUUCCUCCUCAUGGCAGCUUCCAUAUACUACCAUGCAACAAACACUGAUGCUGCACUUAGGACUCUGCAUCAAGGGGAAAGCCUGGAAUGCAUGGCCAUGACAAUUCAGGUGCUGCUGAGUCUGGAUCGUGUUGACCUGGCAAGGAAGGAGCUGAAGAAGAUGCAAGAGCAGGAUGAGGAUGCCACGCUAACCCAGCUAGCCACCGCAUGGGUUAAUUUAGCUGUGGGCGGAGAGAAGCUGCAAGACGCCUACUACAUUUUCCAGGAGAUGUCAGACAAGUACUCCUCAACUUUGCUGCUUCUCAAUGGGCAGGCAACCUGCUACAUGGCUCAGAACAAGUGGGAGGAGGCCGAGGGAGUGCUACAGGAGGCACUUGACAAGGACAGCAGCCACCCUGAGACGCUGAUCAACUUGGUAGUGCUGACUCAGCACCUCGGAAAAGCCCCUGAGGUGACCAAUCGGUACCUCUCUCAACUCAAAGAUGCACACCGGGCCCAUCCGUUCCUCAAAGAUUAUUUUUCCAAGGAGAAUGAGUUCGACAGACUUGCAAUGCAGUAUGCUCCCACCGUCACCGCAUAA